GCUGCUACGCCCUAAGGAUGGAUUGGCCAACGCCUGUCUCGGAGUGAUGAUACUCGCUGUCCCGGGAACUAGGCGGAAGUGUGGAGCACGCCGAGGGGCGGAGGCGGAGAGGCCAGGCGCAAUGAGUGGGCUCAGCCGACUCUUCGGGAGGGGGAAGAAGGAAAAGGGGCCAACCCCAGAAGAAGCAAUACAGAAACUGAAGGAGACAGAAAAAAUACUGAUCAAGAAACAGGAGUUUCUAGAGCAAAAGAUUCAACAGGAGCUACAGACAGCAAAGAAGCAUGGGACCAAGAAUAAGCGAGCCGCCCUGCAGGCUUUGAAGAGAAAGAAGAGGUUGGAACAGCAGCUGGCACAAACUGAUGGGACAUUAUCCACCCUGGAGUUUCAGCGGGAGGCCAUUGAGAAUGCCACCACCAAUGCGGAAGUGCUUCGUACCAUGGAGCUGGCUGCCCAAGGCAUGAAGAAAGCCUACCAGGACAUGGACAUUGACAAGGUAGAUGAACUGAUGGCAGAUAUCACGGAACAGCAGGAACUGGCCCAGCAGAUUUCAGACGCCAUUUCUCGCCCUGUGGGUUUUGGAGAUGAUGUGGAUGAGGACGAACUAUUGGAAGAGCUAGAGGAGCUGGAAGAGGAAGAAUUAGCCCAGGAGUUGUUAAAUGUGGGCAACAAAGAGGAAGAACCCCCAGUCAAAUUGCCUAAUGUUCCUUCUACACAUCUGCCUGUGGAGCCAGCUCCCAAAGCAGAUGAAGAGGAAGAAGCGUUAAAAGAGUUGGCAGACUGGGUAUCCUGAGGAGUCCGGGCUUGUCUUCCUACCGCUGCCUGCAUUGGUUCCUUUUCCUUAAGUGCCACAUACUGAGCUAAAGGAGUGAAGCUUUGGGGGGAUUUCCUGCUGCGGUGAUAGUGCUACUGAGAAGGGCCCAUUGCUGACCUUUGAAGAAGGAUCUUGCUGCAGAAGGAGCCCAUGGGCUCCGUUCUCUUUGAUAGCAGAAUGUUUUUCUUCCCAAUAAAAUUGGGUAGAUGGA